AUCAUCAGAUUUUCUCGUUGCGCAGGGCCUCACGAUGCAAUUUGCCGCUAACCUCAAUUACACUUACAGAGUCUUGUCUCUCUCAGUUCUGAGCUCUGUAUAACACUUGCUGUAAAUUGAAGGAUACUGUGAGGGGUUGGCAUCUUGGAGAAGGAAUUCCGAGAUGCAACGGCGUUGCCAUUGCAGUACAAGGUUGUAGAAUCGGCGAUGGAUGCUUGUUAGGAGGAGGAUUGUCAGUGCAGAAAAGGGUUUGGAAUUUUAGUAUUUUGGUUCAAUUUGCUUUUUCUAGCUGCUCCGAUUAUGGCUCGAGCCAUGUUGAUUUCAUCGGGGAUCUUGGGUGCAACCUGUACCUUCCAGCAGCUGGGUGCUUCUGAAAUUUUUGCAUCCUCUACAGUUCUGGCGUCCUUUCCCCAGCUGAAGCGCCGGAGUCCUGCUGUAGCGGUCGUCAGCAGAUUGAGCUCUCCACAAUGCUCCAAUUUUAGACAGCAGCAGCUUGGAUUUGGAGUGGCAAGCAUUUCCAAGAGCUUUAGCUUUGGUAGGAGAGGUGAAGACAAAGGAUUUACUGCGGCAGCCACUGGCGAGUCCUCGACUGGUGGUGUUACAGAGGAUGUCAUCUUUCUCAAUGUUGGGGGCAUGUCAUGUGGAGGGUGUUCUGCAUCAGUCAAAAGGAUAUUGGAAUCUCAGCCACAAGUGAAGGAAGCGAAUGUCGAUUUUGAGACAGGAAUCGCAGAGGUGCAAUUAACCCUGGAGCUUGAGUCUACCAAGCGUGAACUUGGUGAAACUUUAGCGAAGCACGUGACCAGUUGCGGCUUCGAGACUUCCCUACGAGAAUAAUGACCGGUCAGAUGGUUAGAAGGUAGUUGCAGCAACCCAAAUCGCAUGAAGUGGCAUUCUCUACAUGCCAUUCUUCCUGCAGCUCAGAACACGGGAUGGUAACAGAGCAGUGUUACUAUUUCGUGCGAGAUGCAUCCCUUGCCUAAUGCUCCAGGUAGCUCUUCGCGAAAUGGAAUAUUUUUGUUUUAGCAUCAUUUAUUCGCUCACCAGAAGCGGCACACCUAACGCACACCGAGAGCUAUGAUGUAUGUUCUUUUCACAUCCACUUUGACGCAUUUGCAGA